AUGGCUGACGGGUUCCUCCGCACCAACGAGACAAUGGAUCAGUUCUAUAAACGUUGCACAAACCUCAGCUACUUCGACUGCAGCGAAGAGGAGAUGCUGUGGUGGAUGAUGGGUCCACGCAGGCUACCACUGCAGGAGAUCGUGCCUAUAUCUGCCGUUUUAUUGGUCAUAUUCCUGACUGGUGUGGCAGGAAACGCAGCGUGA